CUCGCUAUUUUUUUAGCGUAUUCUCGCCAGAAAUUUGGUCUUCGCUGGGAUCAUUGUUAUUGUGUCGCUGAACUUGUAUUGCAGACGUUGAACUACCAAAUGGAGGGUAUUCUGUACAAAUGGACAAACUACUGGAAUGGUUGGCAACCAAGAUGGUUUGUUUUAGACCAGGGAGUCCUUGCAUAUUACAAAUCACAGGAUGAAGUCAACCAAGGGUCCAAGGGCUCUGUCAAACUUUCAGCAUGUGAAAUAUUAGUACAUCCCACAGAUACGAUGCGUGUGGACAUCGUUAUCCCAUACGAGCAGCAUUUUUACUUAAAAGCUCCUUCCCCACAUGAGCGACAUGCAUGGCUUGUAGCCCUUGGAAGUGCCAAAGCAGGUAUUCCACCUGCCAUUCCACAGACAAAAAUUGAAAAAGAGCAAGAACGUGACACUGUAAAAGCAAAGAAGUCAGAACUGCGAUUGACGUGUGACCUAUUAAUGAAGCAGGUUUACAGUGUGAAGACAGCAGCCAAUAAUCCUGAUGGACCAGAUCUUGAGAAACUAGAUGAAUCUACUACAUUGCUCUCAGCUACCUGUGAUAAUUUUAUUGUCACUUUAGAAGAAUGCAUGAAAUUAGCCAAUACAUCAACAACUCCACAGCUGAGUGAACCACCUGUCGCUCCAAUCACCGUCCUAAAGGAAAGAAAAACCUCAUCUUCAACACCUAUAACAACACGGCAGAAUUCUACGGAAAGGAGAACAGAAUAGCCGUUGCGUGGAAAAGCUUAUAUUUCUUAGGACUGGCAGCUGCUUGUCAAGAGAGCGUAUGUAUAGUUAAUAGAGGUGGUUUUAUAUAAGUUUAGUUGGGCUGUCAUGAAAAAUUAUUUUAACUUUUCUAUAAAUGCAGUUUUGAUGAUAUAUCAGAAUUAGUAUGUAGUAAUUGAUGUUACACAAAGAAAAACCAUUAUCUUAUCCAUAUUGGAUAAUCAGAGUCUUUAUUAUUUCUAUUUAGUAAGGAAGCCAAUAAUUGUAUUGAUUCUGUGGUAUCUAAGAGAAUCAUACCGAGUUUGUGCUUUUUCAAGCUUUUGCUGGCUGCAUUUUGCAUAGCUUUAAAUUCCUCAUAACAGAUUAAUAUUGUUUGUUGAAUAUGGAUGAUUUAGUUAAAAAAAUAUAUUUAUAUGGUAGAAUGUUUGUUUUAGUAGUUACUGAUUAAAUAAGGGGCUUUUAUCACUCUUCUGUUAAGCAUCAUUGUAGUCUUUCAUAUUUUCUCCUUGUUUGAUAAACCAAAUCUUGUUUUCUUGGAUUUAUCUAUCAAGAUCUGAUUUUCCAUAGAAUUAUUUUCUUUUGCUCACUGUGCUCUCUUUCAUUUAACUUCAAAUGUUUAUAGGCAGUUCUAGUUACAGAGCGAGUUCCAUCAGGAAGUGUAAAACUCACAAACUUGACCAAAUUUACCAAAUAACAGUUUUAAUACUACUUUAUACUCUUUUUGGAACUGGUAAUAAGUCUGACUUUGAGAUCUACCAUAAAAAGUGCAAAACCAUUUGUUAUUCUCAAUGUGGCUAGAAAUUGCAUGCUUUGAGGUAUUAUAUACUAAUAAUUUGAUCAUGUACUUUGAUGUUUUUCAUACCUUCAGUUUGGGACUUAACCAAUUUUAGAAAGUACUUCAUCAGUAUUGGUCAUUUUACAAGGUAACUAAAGUUGUCAAUUUUAGAAGGUGCUUCAUCAGUGGUGGUCAUUUUACAAGGUAACUGAAGUUGCCAAUUUUAGAAGGUACUUCAUCAGUGUUGGUCAUUUUACAAGGUAACUAAAGUUAUCGUUUGCUUAAUGCAAGGGUGGAGGAAUAGAAAAGUGAAUAAUGUUAGUACAUGAUUGUCAUUUAUACAUCAGAGUUAGUUCAGGAAAAAACACUCAAAACAGUAACAUGGGUAUCCAUGGCCAGUUCUUGAAAUAACCAAAGCAGCUAGGUUGCUGACAACAGUUAUGAAGUUGGGAACUUGCAGUGUUCAUUCAUAUCCCAGAGAUGCUUUCUAAGUACGUAAAUAUAAAAUUUCAUGUUUGCGUGUCCCACUCUAGCAGCAGUGAUCCUUGUGAAAGCUAUACGUAAUCUCAUUUUGUUGAAGUAAGUAUUACAAAAAAUGUGAAGAAAAAGACAAAAGGCAAAUGUUUUCAUAGCAAAAUCUAUGCCUCUACGGAAGGAAUAACUGAAAAUGGUAAACAUGUCACUCCAGCAAAUAAGUAAAAAGGAAUACUUUACUUGAAGUGAUUCUGGUGUUACCAGUGUUGUAGUUCAUAUUAUGAAAAUAGGCAUAAUAGACGAGUUUUCAAUAAUCGUGUAAUAGAGAGCUGUACUAAAUAUCAUUGACCUGCAACUGCCAAAACUUGUGAAUUUUUAUAUUUGAGUAUUCUGAACUACCAUAUUUUAAAAAUGCACAACAGAUAUUUUGUACUCAUACUAAUAGUUACAGAAAAGUAAAUAGUUAACAUACAUCUGGUUAAAGAAUGAAUAUCAUAGAUUUUUAAUUUGGUUAAUUGUAGAAGAUUCAUAAACAUAAACAGUAGUCUGGAAGCAUUCCAUAAGCUCUGUCAAGCCCUUUUGAUAGAAAGACAUUACUAUUUCCAAAGUUCAGAGACAGACUGCUCCAAUAAGAAAGAUGUUAUAUUUUGUAUGCUAUAGUAAGCAGAAUUUGAGGUGGAUUCUUUUGAAGUGUAAGAUGUAGGUAACCUUGAAGGUGAAAUCAUUAUGGUUCAAUUUAUAGCUUGGGUAAUUUCCAAUUCUUUUGUAAACCAAUUAUUGAUUUGUUUCCUCUUUAAUUUUUAUUUUGUAGAACACUGCUGUCUCUGUGGUUCGUGUUUGACUUAAUGCUUAUUGGUUAUAACUGUGUACAGUAUUUCCAUUUAUAGUUUAUGGUUAUGUGCUAACCUUGGAACAACAUGCUACCUCAUACAAAUUAAAUUUUCAUUGAUUAACAAAUGCUAUUUGCAUGUUUGAAUAAAUGAAUAAAUGGAAUGUACACUGUUUGCCAAACUAUGAACCAGAUCACACUAUUUAGUUAUUAUCCAGUAAAUUUUCUUGUACAAACUAAGUUUCUCUUUUGAGUUUUUCUCUCUGUAGUAUUGUUGUAAAAUAUAUGUUUACUUACUGUAAAAAGAGCAUUGUUAUUUUAAAUGAAAUGCAGACCCCUGUCUUUGCAGCUCAGUGCCCUCAUUGCAGUUUGUAGAUUAAAUUCCGUGUCUCAGUACUUGUAAGAUUGUUUAUGUUGAAGUUAUUGCUGAUGAGGGUUCUAAUGGUGGCUUCAAUGAAACCCAGCUGUGUAGUUUGUAAAGGAUAUGUAACACAAGAACAUUUUAGGUAUGCAAUAGUAUAUUGUAACCAAAAUUACCAAUUAAGCAGUUCUAAUCUUGAAAUUGGUUCCUUUAGCAGAAUCAUUGGAUAUGUACUUAGAUUCAGUGUAAAGAUAUGUUUUCAUCGUUGAAAAAUUUAUCUCGGAGCUAGUGAACACCAGUAUAGAGGUUGUGAUCACCCAUAUAAUUUCAGCUGGAAGAGGUGUGUAACAGUAUGGUAAGCAUUAUAUGUGCUUCCUCCAUUAUAGAAACAUUAUGAUUGUUGUGUGUGUGAACUGCUCUAGUUAUUCUGGACAGUUUAAAUAUUUCCUACAUAAGACUGAUGACAUUUUCACUUAUGUAAAAACAGUGUUGCUCUGAACAUGGUAUACUCAACUCAUAAUGGUGUAAUUUUUCUGUGUAUUUUUAGGUAAUUGCCUAAAUUCAUUUAUACCAACCCUACAAUACUUAGGUUAGAUAUUUCGUACUUGUAACCAGUGUCUAUUUUGUUACUGUUACAAUGCAACAGUUUAUUCUUAGAAUAAUAAUAGAAUGGUAUACAGGCAGCCCCUGGUUACUGACAGGGGUUCCACUCCUUGGGGGCUUGAUGGUAACUGAAAAUCGUUGCUAACCAAAAUUUAUAAGUCUUUAGGCAUCACAAUCCACCGCUGAAGUCACAGCCAUACAGAUGGCUCUUGAUAUGAUAUCUGAGGCAAAAGAAAGUGUCUCUGUUAUUUUC